AUGAGAUUCAUUGCCAACCAUUACAUCAACAUGAAAGCAGCACAAACUCCAGCCAUUGUAAUCACAAUGUUGUUGACUUUGAACAUGGUUGCGGCAUUUUGCAAUUCGGAUAAAGCGCCAUUGUCUCCAGUUCCAGCACCGUUAUCACCAGCACCAUUGUCUCCAGCACCAUCGUUACCGGCUCCAUUAUCGCCAGCACCAUUAUCGCCAGCACCGUUAUUGCCAGUACCAUUCUCUCCAGCACCAUUGUUACCGGCUCCGCCAUUACUUGCACCGUUGUCACCUGGUCCACCGUUGCCGUCAGUAGGAGUUCCCUCACCACCGUUGCCGUCAGUAGGUGUGUAUUUAAUGAGAAGCCCUUCCUUCGUCCACUACUCUAAGCACAGUCCAUUUUUUUCUAUCUGCUCCUUGAAACAACACUUGAGUCUAUUUUUAUGGCUCCAUUAUUUAUGA